CAGUGGUGCAGCUCUCCUGUGGAAGGUUUAAAACAGAUGGAUGCCUGGUGGCUCAUCCUUGAGCUCUGUGGGUGAGUAAAGGGAUCUGGUGUCAGUGCAGCCCUUCUGCCUCUGAAUUUUCCAAGAAAAGCUUGCUUUCUUACCUUUGCCGAGAAGUGCUCUUGGAUUUUAAUUCAAGUAAACAAAAUUAGUUUCAUUUUUCUUUUAUUUUUUCUUGACCCUAACUUAAGAGUUGUAUGCUCUUGGCACAUGUGCUUUCACAUGGCUUUUAAAAGUGACCAUCUGUUCUGUCAUAUCUUACUGCAGUUUAUCUGAUUUUUAAAGAUAGGAUUCAAAACAGCUUUUUGGAGAGAGAGGACAUUUUAAACUCUGAAAUCUAGAUUCAGUGCAAAAACUUGGUAAUUGUUAGUUGCAAACCAAAAAGACAGUAAUAUUCACUAUUCAGUUGACCUGAAAUUCUGAUCAUGAAGGUCAGGGAAAGGAAUACAGAGCUGGGACGAUAAUUGGGGUGCAGUCAGCGAUUGUUUUCACUAACUAAAGUCAGUGUGCAGGAAAGUGCAGAAAUUAAGGGCAACUUAGGUUAAACUUACUUUAAAACAUUUUUGCAAGUAGUAAGUGCAUAAAUGGUAUAACUGCCAAUAUGUAGUGUAAACUCUGUUAGUAUUCAAUGGUUUAAAUGAUUAAUAGUUUCAUUAGAAAUUACUGCUUUGCCUUCUUUUACAGUGCUUAAUCUUAAUUAAUUGGAGGGAAAAAAAAAGCCUUGCAUGACUAAAGUUCUUGAUAUAAACAACUUUUUAAAAACACAAAUCUAAUCAUUGGAUUAAUAAAAGAUAAAUUAAUAUCAAUUGUGGCACCAGGAUAUUAAUAGUGGAAAUGUGAUCACUGAAAGUCAUGCUACUGAUAACAAAAAUCAUUCAUAUAAUAAAAAUAUUCCCUUUUCAUAUUUUAAAAGCUUCUCAAGGAGUUUAUUUGGCAUCUUUCUCCUGCAUUCUCUCUUCUACUGUACAUAAUUCAUUGAAAUUUGGUAGGGAAAGCCUACAUGCUAAAUGUUUUAUAGUAGUUUUGAAGUCUUUUUAGUUAAAUUUUGUACCUGCAAAGUGUAGAAACCUGACUCUGAAGAAGAUAGUAAUACGGAUGAAGUUCAGAAGACCUUAAACGUGACUCCUGUUCUUCAUAAAAGUGAUUGAAAUUUCAGAUGUAUUUUUUAUUUGUCCCAGUUUCUAGUUAUUCAGUGUCAUUUGAACCAGUUUCUUUACAGUUAAUCGUGAAAUAUUGAUUUGGGAACAUGCAUCUUUUAAUUUUGAUUCAUGUAUCGAAGGCUUUUACUUUAAAUGAGUAAACCACAAUGAGAGAUCAAGCACUUCCUGAUCAAAGCUGUGUGAGUUCAAGGUUGUAAAUCCUCCAGAGGUGAGUAGAGAAGUGACCAGGUAGGACAGAUUAAUGGCAAGCAAAAAUAAAGUUGCAUCUACCAACUUAAACCCUCUCCCCCAUGCACGCACCUGAGAGAGUUAUUAAGCUAGUUUCAGAAGUGAAGAAACUAUAUGUUGUUUCUGUACUGACUGAGGCAAGGGUUGUGGACAGCGAUACCUGUGGUGUAGGUAGACAAGGUGCCAUCCCUGUGCAUGCACAAGGGGGCAGACCUAAGGUUGCAGGGUGGCUGCACACCCCACGUUUCCUCACAUCCCCAUGCUUGGUUUCACAAUCCAAGUGACUCUCGUAUGGGUUUUGAACCCAUUUUCUUCAUGGAGGGAGAAUGAGAGGGGUCUGAGAAGUGUGAGGAGGCAGCACAGUCUGCCCCAGGGACAACAGGGAUGAGGUGCUAGGGCUAGGAAAUCUGGACUCUUCCCUCUUUUCCUCCUGUGGCAGAUGAAUGUGCUGCAAAGCCAACAGAGGAUCCUCUCUGCAGGCUCUUAGAAACCUCAGUCCCAGUACUGGCUGGUGGUGUUAGCCAGCUGCAUGGAGAAAGUGAGGGAAACAGCAGCUCUCCGAAGGUGUGCUCUGUUUCAUGUGGGUGGGAAUAAAGGGAGAAAGGAAGAGGCAGGUUUGUAGCCUGGAGGCUUCUGCGUGCACAAGGUUUUUCAGCAAACCAUAGUGGGACUAUAUUGUUUUACCAUGGAAAAGUUCAGCAAGCUAAAAGAGAGCAUUUCCAUCAGCUGUCCUUGUAAUAAGCUGAGGCACUUCCCAAAGGCAGCAAGAUGCUUCAUUCCCAGUGGAUUUUAUUCAACCAGUUACUGGUGUCUUCAGCUUGCCUCAGAGCUGAAGCUGCUGCUGUUCUUGCCAAGACAAGGCUGGGAACACUUUCACUGAAAAAGGAAAGGUUUACCUCUUUUAGAAAGAUGAGAGGUGCGGUGUUUUUGGUUUGUGUUCAUAAUGCCAGUUUUACUGUGUAACACUCUAGGAGAGGCAGGGAUGAUUAGCAGUUUAUAUUUGAGCUAUUAUGACAGCUGAAGUGUGGCUUACAGCAUUAUAAUAAAGGCUGUGUUAUGCUGGCAUAUCCUUAUCUGUGGCAGUUCUCCUCUGUGCCACUGUCACCAAGUGCCAGGUACCUCUUAAAACAAUUGCAAAGCUGUAACAUACAUAAGAAUAAAGGGGAGGGUGAGUCUGUAACACUCCCAUACUCUAAAAUAACUUCUACUUUAUCAGUCUGUGAUGAACUUUUUAUGAUCCAAGGUGUGUCAUACUAAGUUUAGAUAUUAAAGACACAUCAACUUUUUUAUUACGGUGCCUUCCUCCUUGCUUUCAGGAAUUGCCAGAUAACUGCAGAGGAAACUGUAAGGUUUAGUGAAAUGCCAUGAGCCUCUAUGUUUCUUUGAGACACCCUGUCAUGGGUUGAAAUAGAGGGAUCUAAAAGCAAUAACAAUAUAUAUUGAUAUGUCUUGUCAAUGCACAGUCUGAUGCUGUGGCAGGGUUACAUCAUUACACAUUGCACCACUUUGUCUUUCAAAAUCAUCACUUUUUGUGGGAUUGCAUACCUUGGUGCUGUUGAUACGUCUUUGGAAUUAGGCAGCAUUACCAUGUUGAAUCAAUAGUUUAUCCUGGCAACUUAAAGACACUGAAUGAAUCACAGUAGAAGGCACGCUAGUAGGCAGAACAUUGCCCCUCCCUCAAAAUGUCUACACCCAGAAGUAAAUCUUCAGAACAAAUCCAAUAAAAUGCUUGCCCUGCAUCUCUCAUUCUGCUUCUAAACCAACAGCUUUGUUUAGGUAAAUAUGUUUAGUCUUGGUUAACCUGUCUUUGGUUUUUCAUUCAAGACAUUCAGAAAAUGUUUCUAAAUACCAGCUGUAGUUCAGAGAGGAAAGUAUCUUUUCUAGAGAAUGUUCAUCAACAGAGAAGCUUGCACAAAUACAUUUAUUUUUAUUCAUAUUCUCUUGCAGCAACAUGAAAAAGUCAGAUUGUUUCUUCCUGCCCCAACCAGGCAGUCUUACCAGCUGAGGAUUUCUGGGCUUGGGUGCAAGUACGGCUCCUGAGGAGCAGAGAAGGAGCAAUGCCAUUGCUUUCAGGCCAGUGCUCCUGAUGUUCCUCUCCUGUUCUCUUCCCCUGGAAUUUUGUGGAGGAGGUUGUAUCCAUGUUUAGCUGAUAGCUUCCUUCUCCUUCCCAGUCCUGGCCAAGGCCCUGGCAAAGAUCUUGUUGCUGUCACGGUGGUGUGGAAGAAAUAGAGAAGCAUCAGGGUACAGUCAUGCUGUGCUGUGACUUGGCUUUUUGAUGUAGUGAAACCAGCUCCAGCUGCUGGCCCUGUGCACAGAGACACUGUAGGCCUCAUGUACUUGCAUGUGACUGUUUGCACAAGAAGCAUUUUCCUGUGCAGAUAUUGAGGUACAGAUUGCCAAGUCUUGCCCUAUCGCUACACGCAUCUCUAGAGUGUCACCCCCUCCUGACUUCUCUAGCCUUUUGAAGAAAAUACAGUAAAAUUAUUUUCCAGCUGAUGUGGAUAAAAACAUUUAUUAGUGCUUCCCUGUCUGCUUUUCCUGUAAUUAUAAUGCUCUGUUAUUCCAGGGACAGGAAAAGUGUCAGGUAUAUAUUGUUGAUCUGCAUGUAGGUUCAAGCUCCUUUUCCUUUUAUUUCAGUCAGAAAACAUUUUUACAUUUCAGAGAAGCAGAUUAAUGUUAUAAUUUGCAUCACAGAUUUUAUUUUUUUUAAGCAAAAGCUGGAACAAGCAAAACUUCUUUCAAAAUAAACAAGAAAACUUUUGCUCCUUCAGUAUCAAGUUUCAAUUGAACUAAAUGUUAACAGCAAAGUUCAGUAAUUUUUAGGCAAGAGGAUGUUGGUCUAACCCUAACUAAAGAGGCAGGAAAAUGCUAUAGCAGAUGACCAGUUUGUGUGACAGUAAUGUAUCAACUCUGUGGUGGUGGUUACACUUUCUCUACCCAGAAUUAUAUAAUUCCAGAAACAAGAUUUAUGCAGAUCUUCUAGCUCAGUUUCACAGAAAACUUUUUAAUUUUUGACAUUCUGUUGGGCUUCUUGUAGGUCACACUUCCUGCAAAUCUCAUCUUGAAAUUUGCAAAUGUAAUUUGUAAGGUACUCAUUAAUGAGUGAAGGAUCAAAAGGUGGGACGGUGGCCAAGAAGCAAUGGAGAAUAAAAGUUUAGAAGGUUCCCCAUCAGACCUAAAGUUAGUGGCUCACCCAAGAGCAAAGAGUAAAGUGUGGAAGUACUUUGGGUUUGAUACCAAUGCAGAAGGAUGCAUAUUACAGUGGAAGAAGAUCUACUGCCGUAUUUGCAUGGCACAAAUUGCCUAUUCAGGAAACACGUCCAACCUUUCCUACCACCUUGAGAAAAAUCACCCUGAUGAAUUCUGUGAAUUUGUGAAAAGUAACACUGAGCAAAUGAGGGAAGCCUUUGCCACAGCAUUUUCAAAGAUCAAGCCAGAGUCGUCGCAGCAGGUUGUUCAAGAUAGCCUCAUCAUGAAGACCUACCAGAACUACGAAAACAAAAAACAUCAGGAACUGACAUCUGCAGUCAUCAGCUUAAUUUGCGAGGGCAUGUAUCCGGCCUCCAUUGUUGAUGAACCCACCUUCAAGGCCCUCUUGAGAACAGCAGACCCCAGGUAUGAACUUCCGAGCCGGAAGUACUUCUGUACAAAAGCUAUUCCCGAAAAGUACAGUGCUAUUAGAGAAAUUGUGCUGAAAGAACUGACGGAGGUUCUGUGGUGUGGCAUAUCCACAGACAUGUGGAGGAGCGAAAACCAGAACAGGUCGUACGUAACGGUUGCGGUUCACUUUCUCAUCAGCAGUGCUGCCAACUGCCUGGCUGUGAACUCGCGGUGUUUAAAAACGUUUGAAGUGCCAGAGGAUAAUACCGCAGAGACUAUUACACGAGUCCUUUAUGAAACGUUCAUUGAGUGGGGGAUCAAUACAAAAGUCUUUGGUGCUACAACAGAUUACAGUAAAGACAUUGUGAAAGCUUGCUCUCUCCUAGAUAUUCCCGUACAGAUGCCUUGUUUGGGGCACACUUUUAACACAGGAAUACAACAAGCUUUUCAGCUCCCCAAACUUUGCAACCUUCUUGCCAGGUGCCGAAAACUGGUGGAGUAUUUUCAGCAGUCCACGGUCGCAAUGUACAUGCUAAGCGAGAAGCAGAAGCAGCAGAAUAUUCUCCACUGCAUGCUGGUAAGCGACCGUGUUUCCUGGUGGGGAAGCACUCUCGCUAUGCUGCAGCGCCUCAAGGAGCAGCAGUUUGUCAUUGCGGCUGUUCUCGUGGAGGACAGCAACAACCACCACCUCAUGCUGGAAUCCAGUGAGUGGAAUACAAUCGAAGGGCUGGUGGAGCUGCUGCAGCCUUUUAAGCAGGUUGCGGAGAUGAUGUCUGCUUCAAAGUACCCCACAAUAAGUAUGGUGAAGCCACUUCUCCACAUGCUUCUGAAUACUACCCUGAACAUCAAAGAGAAUGAUUUGAAAGAAAUCAGCAUGGCAAAGGAGGUGAUUGCUAAAGAGUUGUCAACCACCUACCAGCACACACCUGAGAUAGACAUGUUUCUCAAUGUUGCAACUUUCUUGGAUCCCCGCUACAAAAAACUGCCUUUUCUUUCAGCCUUUGAGAGGCAGCAGGUGGAAAACAGAGUGGUGGAAGAAGCAAAAAGCCUGCUGGAGAAAGUAAAAGAAAAUAGCUUUAGGACUGAAGAGAAAUUCUUCACUGUUACAGAAGAACCUCCUAUGAAAAAAAUCAUCAUCUCUUCCACUCCUCCUCCUACUAGUGUCAUCAACAACAUGCUUGCAGAGAUCUUCUGCCAGACAGGAGGCGUUGAAGACCAGGAGGAGUGGCACGCUCAAAUCGUUGAGGAGUUGAGCAACUUCAAGUCACAAAAGGUCCUCGGUCUGAAUGAAGACCCACUGAAGUGGUGGUCUGACAGACUAGCACUGUUUCCAGUUUUACCAAAGGUUCUUCAAAAAUACUGGUGUAUUCUGGCCACAAGGGUCUUCCCUGAACGCCUUUUUGGUUCUUCUGCUAAUGUUGUGAGUGCAAAGAGAAACCGGUUAGCCCCGGCUCAUGUGGAUGAGCAGAUCUUUUUGUACGAAAACAGUCGGAAUGGGUCCGAGGCAGAACCAGAGGAUGAAGAUGAAGGAGAGUGGGGUUUGGAACAGGAACAGAUUUUUAAUUUAAAUGACUCGGUAAACAUAAACAACAAUUUCUUUAAUAUUCGAGACAGUGGGUUUGUUUAACAGGACUGCAGCGGUACAUUUAAUAACAAAGAAAAAAGUAUUUGUCUUAAGUUACCAAAAAUACUUCUGUUUUAUGCUAUGAUGCUGUAAAUAUUGAACAGUUGUAACAAACUUGAUUUAGCUUCCAUUGUCUGUGUUUUUCCUGCUGUCUUAAAACAUGAAUGACUUGUGAUUAAACAGCACUGAAAUGAGUGAGGAAAUAAAUUCUGCAAAGACCAUGAUUUCUGACUGUGGCCCAGAUUUCAGAAAGCACUUACCCAUGUGCUUCCUUUCCACUUGCUUCAGUGGGAGACAAACACAUGCUUAUUUGCUUUCUAUCAUAAAAAUAUUUUCCUGAAUUAGGUCCCUGAGCAAGGGAGUUUUUAAGAUUUAUGCCUCCAUUUGUAAAUCCUGUGUAACUCAGGAUGCUAGCUUUAAAAGUUUGGAUUUUAAACAUUUUUAAAAUCUAUAAAUCUGAGCAGUGAAUAUUUUUAGAGUAUAUCGAUGCUAUGGAAUGAAAAAAGAUCUUGAGCCUGAUUUUUCACUACCUCAUGUCUUAGGCCUGGUCUAUGCUACAAAAGUUCAGCUGGUAUAAUUCUGUUGAUUAGGGGUCUGAUCUAUUAUUAUUUUAACUGAUACUGUGCUGGCAUAGGCUGUAGUGUAGAUGCAUUUAUACUGGGAUAAUUUAUUUUCCUUUCCAGUGUGGUGUAAAUGUUAUAAACACUUCUAAACUGGUAUUGAUAUGUCCACAUUAGUUCAGUUUUACCAUUUAACAACAGCAGCUAAAUGGCAAAACUGUGGGGAUUUUGGUUGUUUUGUUUUGUGUCUAAGCAAGCCCUGAUUGUAGUCUCUUUUGCUUUUACAAAGUGGUAACAAAGUGUGGGGUUGAGGCAGCUUUGUGUUACCUGCGCCUCCUGCAGAUGCUGUGGCUGAUCCACGUGGUGCGAAGCAGGCAAGGAUCAGGCAACAGAGGGAGGGAAGAAGGGAAGGAGAGGCCAGGGAGACAUCUACAGACCAUGGGUCUAACAGUUUGUCUAUGUUACAAAAUCGUUAACCUCUUAAUUUAAUGGGAACUUUGCCCAGGGUAGCUAGAAAAUUUUGUUGGCGAGAAAAGCAAAAUAAAAAGCUUUAAUAUUAUGUAAAAAUAUUUAAAAGAAGGGGACCCCUCUGUUUCCUCACAUGUAUUUAGUGAGUCCUUAAAAUAGUUUCUUACUCUGUUAGCACUUAAAAACUUUUUUUCUCCUGUCUCUUUUUGAUUCAGUUUGUAGAGUGGACUUUAGUCCCAUCCAGUCUAAUGUUUGAGUGCUGUUUCUGAUUAGCUGUGUAUUGUAAUUGCUCCCUUUGUGUCUCUAAGCAUCAGUGUUUUAAGACCUUUUGGGAACUUGGCAAACAAGAAAAAAGAAAGGAAACCAACCUGAAACCCCACAUCUCUUAUGAAAUACUGCAGGUCAUAAACAAAAUUAGAGUUUAUGCUAGAUACAGAGUAGUCUUUUUUUCUCUGAGGUGCAGUGGAGGACUUCUGGCGUUUUCCACUUACAGUCAAGGUUUGCUUGGGGUUUUAUUUCUGUUACUGGUGUCUCACCUUUCCUCACCUCAGUCUACAACUAUGUUGAGCACAAUCUUUCUGGAGAGAGGUCUGUUGAAGACUGACUGUUACUGUUCUGGAGGAAGAAAGUUAAGUAUUUUUUAAUCAUGGUGGCACCCAUGGACCUUUGGUUGUAAAAAGGGCACAAGCAGCAGGAACGUACAAAAACGAGAAUAGCAGUGGAAUUGAAUAUAUUGCCAAACUAUUUAUGUUUAGGUUUAAUAGUUCUUGGAAGCUUGAGGCCUCUGUGUUCUUUUUAGGUGCUGGGAAUGGGCAGGUGGGUGGGGAGGAAGAGCAGAGGUUAGAGUGAAGGAACAGUGAAGUAAGUAAUAGCAAACUACACAGCAUGUUUAAGCCCGGGAAAAGUGCAUUUAGCAGGUGGUGUGGCUGAAAACUGAUUUGCACUUGUACAAAGUACCCGCACUGUGCAUCCUGUUGAAUAUUGCUACUCUCCACGUCCACUGAAGAAAGAGGUGUAUGUGAUUGCCCAAGGUGCAAAACGCAGCUUGGCUUAAACUCCCACAGGUAUGUAGGCCUAUCUGUGAGGGCAGCAAAAUCAAAUUACAGAAGGGAGCGAGAUACCUGCACCCUAGCAGCCUGCCAGGAAGACCUCUUGGUUUUUAUGUCCGUUGAGAACCAGCUGCUCUUGCUUGCUCCACCUCCACUGCUACCACCACUGCUAGCCCUCAAGUUGCUGCGCAAAUGCUAGUGCGAGGUGUGUGGAUCCUUCCUUACGUGAGCAUAAUGCAAAGCCAUGCCCUCACAGCCAAGGCAGAGCGCAGAACCACUCCCCUGGUCCGCACUUGGCCUACCCCUCUUGGCAGCAUCGUUUCCAUCUUCGUCCUCCUAGGGCUAAAAGUAUACGGUGACGCUUACGAGCAGUUGUACUGAGAUCAGUGCAAUGCACUACUCUCUUCCUUCCAGCUUCUUUUUAUUUUUUGGUAUCCAAAAUAAAAUUGUAGUCAGUUCAAUUGAUGUGUCUCAGCAUUCUUUUAAAAAAAGGAGAAGAAAAAGAAAAAAAAAAAAAGAGCAAAACCAUUGUUAGUCCUACCCAUUGUCUGUGAGAUUUUUAUUUAAUGUUCUAAGCCUGGAAUAUUGUUAAAUAAAUGAGAAAAAUAAGUUAGUUACUAGAUUAUUUGUCUGAUGUGUGUUCAUAUCUGCAGCACUUUAUGACUUUGAACUCUACUGCUACAGGGGAAAGUUAUAUUCUAAGGAUUUGAAGCUAUGCAUUUAUUUUCUUUUUGAUCUUGUAAGUUAUUUUUUAAAAAUGCUGUACAAAUCUUUUGGAUUAAAAAAAAAUGAGGAUGAAAAAUGUUGGAAGUUUAGAUGGUUUCUCUCGCUUAAAUAUGUGUGGUGUUUUUCAUUUAUCAACAUAAUUUUCUGUUGUUUAUUUGGGUGGAGAACCAAAAUUGAAAUAUUGCUACAACUUGAGUUAAACCCCGGUGUUACUGCCAAGGGUGGGCCCAGAACACAUUUCCAAACUAUGCUAUUAAGUCAGCUUUAUGUUUGUGUUUCUUGACAUCUACUUUAAAUCCACAGCCUAAUGUUUCCUUUUUGGUACAGCAGAGACAUCUUUUUGGAGGGGCAAUAGAGGAACAAACUUCAGCUUUUGAGUGCUUUCAUGCUGCAAAAGUGAAUUUUUGAACGGGCUCUCAAAGUACGUACUUUACGUCAAAAGAAGAUGAAUUGCCUUUUGUCACCAACUAAGUAUUGCAAAUUCAGGAUUAAAAUUCAUUGGGCCUAAGUGAGGUUUCUUGGGGUAGCAGCAUAAGUAAAGGGAGUUUUGUCUGUCUGGUCAAUCUUUGCACACAUUUCACCUCUCUCUGCCAUCAAGGACUAUGGGAAGAAAAAAAGAAAAGCCUGAAUUAAACAAGUUGAAAAGGUGAAUUUUUCCAGCAAACUGUGUCUGAGAUGCUUUGGUUUAAAUGAAGGCAAUAAAGUUCUGCAUUAUUUAUGG